UCCCCCCCCCACCCGCCAUCAGAAUGGACUUUUUGAAGAAAUGUGUAGUCUGUUUUUUGCAUAUUUGGUUAGUGAAAUCAACCAUUCUCUACAAUUCAGAAUGUGAAGAAAACAUUAGACGAGUUGGAUUACCGAGGAUAUGGAAGGAUGACAAUAACUUAACUCAUCCGCUUAAAUAUCCACUAACAGUAGUAUCAAAUGAGGUUCACAUAAAAAAUGUUCCUGCCCGGCAGGAAGAUAAUACUAAAGGAUCUGAGUUUGGAGAUGAUCUUCUGGGUAUUUCUGAACAAGGUUCACAGCUAGAGGAGAUAGAGAAGUACACCAUUGAAACUAUUUUGCUUUUAUCCUGCUUACACCAGGACUCCCUGCAGUUGGCUGAUAUUAUUAGGAACAAAUUGAUUUUUCAACCAUCAAAGGAGAACUACAAUUUGAAGCAUCCUAUUGACUUCUACACAAAGCAUCAUGAACAAGUUCCACACGAAGUGGACAGAAUUGUUUUUAACAGAAAGUUAAAAAAUGGAUUUUUUAUUGAAGCUGGUGCCAACAACUUUGAGAGGACUUCGGAUUCUCUAUAUUUUGAAAUAAAUCAUGGCUGGACGGGUCUCCUGGUUGAACCUCAUCCUCAGCAUUUUAAAGAAGGUUUAACCAAGAACAGAAAAGCAUUCAGUAUAAACACAUGCCUCUCCCCUAUACCUAGGACUACCACAACACCAUUCAGUUUGAGCUAUGCAGGCCUCGUUCUAAGAGAUAAUACACUGAUCCAUUCUAAACUACAAUGUUUUCCUCUUUAUAGCAUACUUCAGGCCCUUGGGAACCCAACCAUCAACUACUUCAGUUUGGAUAUAGAAGGAGGAGAGUACCAGGUUCUUCAAACAAUACCUUGGGACAAAGUUGAUAUACAAGUUUUCAGCAUCGAAACACAUUUUGCAGGGAAAAGAAGUGAAGGUAGUAGACAGGAUAUUAUUAACUAUAUGGAAUCUGUGGGAUAUCAAUAUCUACCUUGGGGUCAUAAGGUGACUACACGUGUAAUCUGGCCAGAUAUAGAACAUGAUUUAAUCAACGAUCUUUUUGUAAAAAACGGAAUUUUAGUUACAAAUAUAUAUGAAUGAAAAAAAUACA